UCGCUGAGACGAAUUGGACAUUUUGGAAAAGAUAACAGUUACUGUUGUUGUUUGAUAUCAAAACUUUGUGUAGAGAAGAACUUUGUUGGCAGCAUGACGGAUUCUCCUGAGCUAGAUCAACUCAUACAAAAUUAUGAGUUUGAUAACGAACAAUUUCUGAAAUGCAUUGAAAGAGAAAAUCAACUGAUUAAAAAUUUCACAAGAGAUAUAGAGUUGACUAAUUUGUCUGUGAAAAGAUUACAAGAGUCAGUUUCCCAAAUUGAUGAAGAUACGAAGCGAGUUCACAAACAGUACACACUGAACAGAGACAACUGUGCCAGCCUGAAGAAAACAACCAAACUUCUUGCUGAUCAUGAAGAUUCACUUCAGAAAAAACUUGAAGCCAAUAACGAAAAAUACAGCGAUGAGAUGAAAGAAAGAUACAAACUGCUUGAACAUUACCAGUCUGUUUGGGAAGAUUUUGAAAAGAAAUACAAAAGCCUAAAACCAGCUCAGAUACUGGAAAAAGAGAUGAAGAACCUAACUCUGGCUGAAAAAUUUCUCUCUAAUAUACAGGAUGAGAAACAACAUGUAACAAAGAAUAUGAAAGAAAAUAAAUUACUGACUACACAGGAAGUGAAAGGUUUUAUUUGCAGCAUAGCUCGUGUGAAAACUGACAGUACCAAGCUAAAAGAGAAGAUUAAAACACUCAAAGCAAAUAUUUCCGAGAUGAAGCAAGUAUAUCUACAAAAUGCAGAGGAAGCUAAAAGACAAUCAUCCCUGACUACUUCUGGUGUUACCAAUGUAAGCACGUCACCCACAGUUAAUGUUACUUCUACUACUACUACCAUUACCACUGCUGCUUCUUCAGUUACCAACAUUAAAACCAGUCUCCAGCAGAGCCAACUGAUUACCACAUCAUUUCCACCUUCAAACUCUGUUAGAUCAGCGGGGACGAAAUUCUCCUCACCAAAACUCAUUACCAAAGAGGAAGCUAAAAGACAAUCAUCCCUGACUACUUCUGGUGUUACCAAUGUAAGCACGUCACCCACAGUUAAUGUUACUUCUACUACUACUACCAUUACCACUGCUGCUUCUUCAGUUACCAACAUUAAAACCAGUCUCCAGCAGAGCCAACUGAUUACCACAUCAUUUCCACCUUCAAACUCUGUUAGAUCAGCGGGGACGAAAUUCUCCUCACCAAAACUCAUUACCAAAGAGCAGGUGACCAAUUAUGCAAAUGCACAGUUACUGCAACCGCUUGCAAAGCGUGUUAAUACACCAAAAUAUGAAGAAUUGGCAGACAUGUCUAGAACUACAAAAUAUUUACCAGUAUCCUUUUCUGGAGUGAAACCAUCGUGCUCUUCAAAGUCACUACCUAAAUCUCCUAGUAUAGGACCUAGACAAUUAUGGGCUGUUCCUGCAACCAUCAAAUCACCAUCUCAAAACAUUUACCCAAAAUCUCUAACAGUUCCAGCUAAAACUCUGCAGAUGCCAGGGCCCAUGCCUACUUUCUCCUUAUCUUCUUCUUCGAUGGAUAAACUGAAAAAAGUUUCAGUACCUAUAACUGUAGCAACCACUCCCAAACUCUCUUCCAUGGCAGAUGAAGAACAUUUCCAAAUUCAAGCACCAUCACAGCAAUUAGCCACAUUCUGUUCUUCGCCUAGUAUGAAAAAUCUUCAAAAGCAGAAAAUGACUUCACCUUUGCAACCAACUUUAGAAAAUGUUCAACAAACUUCAACCCCUAAUGAAAUUGAAGAAACUGCCUUGAGCAAGUCUGAGAACAUUAACAUCAACCAAGAUGCUUUUCAGGAAAGUACCUUUGAUUUCAACGAACAUCAAAGGAUGUUGAAAAAGCUUCAUUUAUCUCCAGGCAUGCCUACAAUGUCGCACAGACCAAUGUUUCUCCAAUCAGAUGAAAACCAGAAACAGAAACCCGAAGCAUCUAAAGCCACAGCAGAUUCCAAUUUCUUUCUUCAGUCAUUUUUCGACAAACAGGAUCAGAAUGCAGAAUCAUUUGGAACAUCAAUGUUUUCACAAUCAAAAGAAGACAAUAAUACCGAUGGACAAGGCAUUUUCUCUGGUUUCUCACAAUUGUCAGCUACUGAAGUGGAUGCACCAGUAGAAUUCAGAUUCUCCAAUUCUAAUGAAGAUGUGGCACCAAACCAAAACGGAGGCAACUUUUUCUCUUUUGGUGCUGACAGUUUCACCUCGUCGAACGAUCAAGAUUCCAGAAAUAAUUUCUCUUUUGAUUUUUCAGUUUCUUCCAGCUUAGAGUCUGCCAACAACCCGCCGUUUUCAUUGUUUUAAUCACCACCUCGCAUGUGUGUGUGUGUGUGUGUGUGUGUGUGUGUGUGUUUGUGUGUGUGUGUUUGUGUGUGUGUGUG